GGACCCCGCAGGAGUCUGUGUGUGUGUGAAGGGUAGGAUAAAAAAGUUCUUCCAAAAUAGUGUGCACGGGGAAGAGGAUGGGGGAUUUUGCAGCCCCCGCUGCCGCCGCGAAUGGCAGCAGUAUCUGCAUCAACAAUAACCUGAACAGCAGUCUCGUCGGGGCCGGUAUCGGGGUUAACAGUACUCCCCACGGUCCUCCCGCCGCCGCUGCCGGUAACAAUAACGCGAACAGCGGCGGCAUUCCCAAGCACAGCACGGUGGUGGAGCGGCUGAGGCAGCGCAUCGAGGGCUGCCGCCGGCACCAUGUCAACUGUGAGAGCAGGUACCAGCAAGCCCAGGCGGAGCAGCUGGAGCUGGAGCGCAGGGACACGGUGAGCCUCUACCAGCGGACCCUGGAGCAGAGGGCCAAGAAAACGGGCACCGGCACCAGCAAGCAGCAGCAUCAGAGCAAACAGCAGCAAGAUGCCGAGCCUGCCACGGCGGAGCAGAGGAACCACACGCUGAUCAUGCUUCAAGAGACAGUGAAGAGGAAGUUGGAAGGCACCCGUUCGCCUCUCAAUGGGGAACAGCAGAACGGAGUUUGCGAUGGGAGCUUCUCUCCGACCAGCAAGAGGAUCCGGAAGGAGCUACCAGGCAUCGAGGCAAUCAGCAGCUUGCCCAAUAACUUACCUUUGCCUGCUGUUUCUCCUCUCCACCAGCUUGACAUGAAAGCUCCCCUGCCCCUGCAGAACAGUGGAACUCACAGUAGCGGUCUAGAAGACUUGGGUAAAAACGGUGGGGUUGGGGAGAUAAAGCUCCCUGUGAAUGGCUGCAGCGAGCUGGAUGAUAGCUUCAACAUCCUGCAGAGCAAGGAGCUAAAGCAAGAGCCUUUGGAUGACCCUAGCUGCAUAGACACUUCUGAAACAUCCCUUUCCAACCAGAACAAGCUCUUUUCGGACAUUAACCUGAACGAUCAAGAGUGGCAGGAGCUGAUAGAUGAACUGGCAAACACCGUUCCAGAAGAUGACAUACAGGAUUUGUUCAACGAAGACUUUGAAGAGAAGAAGGAGCCAGAAUACCCCAGGCCUUCCACAGAGGCUCAGGAGAGUGCAAGUGUGAAAAGUGAUCCAUCCCACUCUCCGUUUGCUCAUGUCCCGCUGGGCUCCCCCCAGGUGAGGCCAUCCUCUUCUGGUCCUCCCUUUUCAAAUGUCUCCACUGCCUCUAGCAUAGCUUCUGCCUCCAGCGCCCCUGCAGCCCCCAUGCCUGCCGGCUCCCCAGCCAACUGUGUGGUUCAGUCACCUCAGACUCCCAGCCAGGCCCACACCCCAGGCCAGACACAGGCACGGGCUGGGAAUGGCUAUCUUAUGACCCCAGCAGCGGCACCGGUGGCAGGGUCAGGGCCUGGGCCCGUGAGCAUGCCAAGCGCUGACUUGUCUCCAGCCGAGCAGCUCAAGCAGAUGGCAGCCCAGCAGCAGCAAAGAGCUAAGCUCAUGCAGCAAAAGCAGCAACACUCAAAUCAGCCCUCGAGCUGGUCACCUGUGGGCCCUCCAUCUAGUCCAUACGGAGGACCCUUCAGCGCAGACAAACCAAAUAGUCCAAUGAUGUAUCCCCAAGCCUUUAACAACCAAAACCCAAUAGUGCCUCCUAUGGCAAACAAUCCACAGAAGACCACCAUGAAUAACUACCUCCCUCAAAACCACCUGAACAUGAUGGGUCAGCAGCCAAAUAACCUGGGCACCAACUCCUUAAGCAAGCAGCCCAGCAUGCUUUCCUACGGCAACACCAAACCUCUGAGCCACUUCAGCGCUGAGCUGAGUCAGAGGAUGACGCCGCCCAUGGCCAAUCCCAGCAAGAACCCCAUGAUGCCCUACAUGCAGCAGCAGCAGCAGCAGUCCCAGCAGCCACAGCUGCAGGCUCAGAUGGCACACCUGAGCGAGGAGCAGAAGCGAAUCCUCAUCAUGAAACAGAAGGGGAUGAUGAACCAGCCCAUGGCGUACGCGGCGCUUCCAUCCCUCGCUCAGGAGCAGCAUCAGGUGGGACUGUCUCGGACUACGGGGCCUAUGCAGCCUUCUGUCCCACCAGGCUCCAGCAGUGUGGUCACAGGCACCAGCUCCGGGGGUCCCUUCCUGGGAAACCAACCUCAGGCAGUCAUCAUGAAGCAGAUGCUGAUUGAGCAGAGAGCCCAGCUCCACGUGAUAGAGCAGCAGAAACAGCAGUUUCUAAGAGAGCAGAGGCAGCAGCAGCAGAUCCUGGCAGAGCAGCAGUUGCAGCAGCAGUCGCAUUUGCCUCGGCAGCAUCUGCAGCAGCAGCGGAGCCCGUAUCCAGUGCAACAGGUCAAUCAGUUCCAAGGUUCUCCCCAGGAUAUAGCAGCUGUGAGGAACCAAGCAGCGCUGCAGAGCAUGAGGACGUCUCGAAUGAUGGCCCAGAACGCCAGCAUGAUGGCAAUGGGUCCCUCGCAGAACCCCAGCACGUUGCCCACGACCGCAGGCCAGUCAGACAUGGGCAUGGCUCCCUACAGCAAUGCCUCUUCCAACCAGCCAGGAAUGUACAGUAUGAGCACAGGGAUGAGCCAAAUGUUGCAGCACCCAAACCAAAGCGGCAUGACCGUGGCGCACGGCGCGGGCCAGGGCGCGAGGCAGCCCGCCUCUGGGCAGGCGGUGGGCAUGGUGGGCAGCUUCGCUCAGAGCAUGCUGGUCAGCUCGGCUCUGACCCAGCAGCAGCAGCAGCAGCAGAUGAAGGGAGCCGUGGGGCAGGUCUUACCGAGGCCGCAGGCACCGCGGCUUCAAAACCUGAUGGGAACUGUCCCUCAAGGAACACAGAACUGGCAGCAGCGAGGUUUGCAAGGCAUACCUGGAAGGACUAGUGGCGAAAUGGGGCCCUUCAGCAACGGCACAACGUACCCGCUGCAGCCCGGGCAGCCGCGGCUGUCCAAGCAGCACUUCCCGCAGGCGCUCAGCCAGACGGUUGUGGACUCGAGCGGAGCAGUGAGAGCUCUCAACCCAGCCAUGGGGAGACAGCUGCUGCAGCCCCUGCCCGGACAGCAAGGAGCCAGCCAGGCCAGGCCCAUGGUAAUGCCUGCCAUAAGCCAAGGGGUCCCCGCCAUGCCCGGCUUCAGCCAGCCUCCGACGCAGCAAAUGCCAGGUGGUAACUUUGCUCAGAGCAGCCAAGGCCAGGCCUACGAGAGGAACCCCACUCAGGACAUAGGCUACAACUACAGCAGCGAAGGAGCCGGGGGGGCAUUCUCCAGCCUAGCAGAGGGCGCGGACCUUGUGGACUCCAUCAUUAAGAGCGGACCAGGGGAUGAGUGGAUACAAGAACUUGAUGAGUUGUUUGGCAACCCCCAGUGAAUGGGCUUUGUGUAGAGUCUGGAGCUGUGGCUGUGUGAGAAACACAAAGAGCAAGAUGGAUGUUGUCCCCGUCCUCGGGUGGUCGGGUUUUUCCUGGGAGUUGGUUUGGUUCGGGGUUACUUUGCUCUCUCUUGUUUCCAGCCGUGCAAACUGAGCUGAUCUGUAGGCAGCCUCGGAGGAUCCAGGGGAUGAUGGCAGCGUCAGCAUCCCGAGACUUCCACCCAGCAGUCUGCACGGCGUGGCGGCACUCCGCUCCCCGUGUGGGGUGGGGAGCUGGAUGGGGGAAACUGGAAGAGCCAGGUGAUGCCUCUGGUGGGGAAAAUUUCAUCUUCCCCCCCCCCCUGCCUCGCACUGAAAUGAGGCUUCGUUGCACAGUGGUGUGGGGUGGUCCUGAUUUCUCCCCCCUGAUGUAACUGUAAACGCUGCAGCUUUCAGGGGAGCAGAUGAAAACGGCCGGCAGCAGAGCCUAAAGAUGCCUGCAGGCGAUUGCACAGGCCCUGGUUGGAAACAAGCUUAAAGCCAGGGGUAAGCAGAUCUGGGUGAGCCACGGCCAGGCCCACAGGGCUGGCUCUGGGCUGCCACGAGGGAAGGUGCAGCACGCACAUGACAAACCUAAGCAGUCACAGGGAGGUCACCAGCUUCACUACAGUGACAGGAAUCCAGUGAGGCUGUAGGAGACUUGCAGUUGGCGCUGCAGUGAGGACAGUUUGGUCGUGGGACUGCUGCUGGAGGCAGCUUCAGCGGGUGGCUUAGCUGAGGGAGCUGUUUAGUCCUCUUGGGACCUGCAACAGUGCUGCCCUGGCAGAGCACUUGGGCUGUGUUGGCUGCCUGAGUUGGGGGUAGGGGGGGAGCAGGCCAUUUGCUACCUUUGAGGUACCAAAAGACAUCAGCAUAGGUCCUAAACGGGUCCCUGCUCUUCCUGGCAGUGUGCUUUCAGUUCAGUUCCUUCCCCUCCAAUCAUUCACUGGAAAGUGAGGUGGAAACUUCUGUGCAGCUGAGCAACAGCUGCUGCAAAGGGGCAGGCAGUGGGGAGACAACAGGCAUGGGAACAUGCACAAGGAGGGUCUGGCACACAGGUUGGGCUGCUUCUCUCCGCUGGAAAAGCACAAGUGUGGCAGGUGGUGCUGCCCUAGGAUGUGUGUGGGCUUUUGAGCUGAUGUUCCAUGCAGCCUGCCCUAAGAUGUGCUCUGCAGGGAAGGGUCUCCAGUGUACAACUACCAGUACCAACCAGUCUACAACUACCAGCACCAGCUACCAGUCACCUCCUUGUGCACUGCUCUCCUAGGGCCUGAAGAUGCCAGGUGCUCAGCUGCUGAAACCCACAGAACACCUUGUGUUCCCAAGUCUUGCCUUUCCCUGUGAGGCACAGCUGGGCAUGAUGUUAAGGAGUGGGAGCAAAAUUAGCCCCACUAUGGUUCCCUUUUGUGCAGUAGCCCCUUGCAGGGCUUACCUAGGGGAGGGGAAGGAUCUGUUAGGAAUGCUGUGAUGCAGGCAGGAGAAGCUGCAUUUUUAACAUGGAUGUGAGUUUUUAGCGUGGUCAGGGUGAGCUAUCAACCCAACCUGCCCUGAUAGCUACAGUUCUUAAAACUGCUUUAGUUCCAUCCCUUUUAGCUAACCCCUGUCUGAAAUACAGCACAAGGCCCCGUUCCAGUGCCUGCUGAAGACGAUGGAUGAGUGUUUGCCUGUCAGCUGCUUCACCAGGAGCUGGCUUGGGUCCUGAGUCAGUGAAAGAGAGCACCAGCCAAAGUGCUUGGUUCAUCUUCGCAAGUAAGUAGCUCUUGCUGGGACUAGGCUGAACAGAAGGGAUGGGCAAAGAGAGAGAGCAGUGGCACCCUGAGGGCUCGAGAGCACCACGCUCAUGUGUGUGUCUGCACAAGCAUGUGGGAGCCACGAGCUGGGGUGGCACAUACCUGCCCUGCCACGAGCUGGGGUGGCACAUACCUGCCCUGCCACGAGCUGGGGUGGCACAUACCUGCCCUGCCCCGCGCAGCAGAGAUGCGCUAGGAGGGACGAGGACAUCACAGCAUCCCUUUGCCUGCUGCAAGUGACCAGGGCUCUCCUACCCAGGCAGAGCUGCAAAACCAAGGUUUAGAAACACACAAGCACCACCUGGCAGCUGAGUAAGCACAGAGCUGGCGUACAUCGAGGAGAUAGACACAGGCUUUGGUGAUGAAGGUGAUGAGCAUUGAGCCUCUGCUGUCUUGGCAAAGCUUCCUCCAAAUACUCCAUACUAGGACCAAGUACUAGAGAGGUAGAUUUUUAACUAGAUUUGGGGGUUCUUUGUUGGUUUGGUUUGGGGUUUUGUUUUUUUUUUUUGUCCUUUGCUUGAUUUGGGUUGGGUUUGGUUCUUUUUUUUUUGGUUGGGUUGUUUUAGUUUCUCCCCCUUCCCCCUUUCUUACUUAUGGUGCUGAUGUAUAUGUCAUGUUAAAACCACAAACAGAGAAAACCAACACAAAAAGGUUACUUGUAAAUAUGUUUUUACAGUUCUGCAGAUAUCACUGGGUCUACUCUCUGUAAAAUAUAUACAUAUAUAUAUAAAAUAUAUAUAUAUAUAUAUACUGUUUGUUUAAAAUAGAGUAUUUUUAUUUCACUCCUUAACUCAUCCUUACUGCAGUGGUAUUGCACUUCAGGUGAUGUUUAACUGCUACUUUGUACUGUAUCCCCCUGACAAGGCAAUUUGCUCCAUUUUAUUCAGGUUUUUUCUAGUGGGUGGUUGGUUUUGUUUUUACUUUGUACAUGAAGCAUUGCUUAUUUCCUUUGAAAAGACCUGUACAGAGCUCUGAACGUGUAGAAAAGAGACCUGAUGUUACCAUACCACUUUUAAAGAAAAGAAACAACAAAAAAAAACCCAAAACAAAACAAAGAAACAAACAAACAGAAAAGAAAAUCCCCCAAAAUAAAAAGAUGGUUAUCUCAGUCCUA